AUGGAAUCAGCACUCCAAUUAAAACCAAUCUAUGGCUCCAAGGUGUUUAGAGAGGCUGUUAUCAGAAUGAGGCUUAAUAAGAAGAUUUACCAGAGCUAUCUCAAGACAAUUGAAUCAGGAAGCUCGUUAGAUAACUCUAUUGCUCCAGAUGUUGCAAAAGCAAUGAUGGAAUGGGCUAUUGAGAAUGGAGCAACACAUUACGCUCACUGGUUCUUACCAAUGACCGAUGUUACAGCAUGCAAACACGAUUCAUUCUUUACACCAACAGCUAUUGGCGAAUCUACUCUCGAAUUCCCACCAAGUACAUUAGUCAAAGGCGAACCAGAUGCCUCAUCUUUCCCAUCUGGUGGCUUAAGAGCCACAUUUGAAGCAAGAGGCUACACAACAUGGGAUCCAACAUCUCCAGCCUUUGUAAGGGAUGGCACAUUAUUCAUUCCUUCCGUUUUCGUAUCAUACAAUGGCGAUGCCCUCGAUAGAAAGCUUCCUUUGCUCAGAUCUAUUGAAGCACUUAACAGAGAAGGUCUUAAGUUCAUCAAGUUCUUCAAAGGUCAAGAGGAUGUAAAGAGAAUCACAGCAUCAGUAGGUGCAGAACAAGAAUAUUUCUUAAUCGAUAGAAAACAUUACGAAGAAAGACUUGAUCUCAAGAUGUGUGGUCGCACACUUCUCGGUGCCAGACCACCAAAGGCCCAACAACUUGAUGACCACUACAUGUCCGGUAUCAAGAUUCGUGUUUCCGAUUUCAUGAAACAGCUCGACCACGAAUUAUGGGAACUUGGUAUUCCAGCAAAGACAAAACAUAAUGAAGUCGCACCAUCGCAACACGAACUUGCCCCUGUUUACGAAAAUGUCAACAUUGCAGCUGAUCAUAACCAAAUGACAAUGGAAUUAAUGCGUACAAUUGCCAAGAAGAAAGGAAUGGCCUUACUUCUCCACGAAAAACCAUUCUCCGGUGUAAACGGCAGUGGUAAACACAACAAUUACAGUAUUGGCACAGAUACAGGCGUAAACUUACUUCAACCACGUGACAAAUCCGAAGAUGAUGGUUUAUUCCUUCUUGUUCUUUGCGCAUUCCUUCGUUCUGUUGACAAAUAUGGAGAUUUGAUCAGAAUGUCCGCAGCAUCACAUUCAAACGACCAGAGACUUGGUGGUUUCGAAGCUCCUCCAUCAAUUGUUUCCUGCUUCCUUGGAGAAGGAAUUACAGCCCAGCUUUUGGCAGCAGCAAAUUCAGAUCCAAAUCAACCAAAGCGUGAAAAAGGCAAAAUGUCAAUUUUACCAUCAAUUCCUGAUUUAUCAUUAGAUGACAGUGAUAGAAACAGAACAUCACCAAUGGCUUUCACAGGAAACAAGUUCGAAUUCAGAAUGCUUGGUUCAUCACAAUCAUUAGCUGUUGUCAAUACAAUUCUCAACUCAGCACUUGCAGAAUCUCUUGGAUAUUUCGCAGAAAGACUCGAAAAAGCUGCAGAUAAAGAUGCUGAGAAACAGAAACUCAUUGAAGAAACAAUGACAAAACACGGAAGAAUCAUUUUCAAUGGAAAUAAUUAUUCCAGUGAAUGGAUUGAAGAAACUAAAAAGCGUGGAUUACCAAUUAUUAACAACACAAUUCAAGCUAUUGAAGCUUUGUUGGAUAAGAAGAACAUUGAGUUGUUCGAGAAGAUGAAAGUUUACACAGAACAAGAAUGUCUCGCAAGAUACGAAGUUCGUGUUGAAAACUACAUCCAAUCUGUUUCAAUUGAAGCAGAAACAUUGUUGCAUAUGAUGAAGAGACAAAUUUUACCUGCAAUUAUUAAUUACACAGGAAAAGUCGCUGAUUCAUUCAACAAGAUAAAGAAGGCUGGAUUCACAAACAACACUUUGUUGCAAACAAUUCAGACAUUGCAAACAGCAAUUGAAUCAAUAGACAGAAAAGUUAAGGAUCUUGAAGGUUUAAUUGCUCAAGUUGCUGGAUCUGAAAACAACAAAGAAAAGGCUGAAUUCAUGUACAACAAGAUCAUUCCACAAAUGAUUGAGAUCAGAAAGGAAACCGAUAAGAUCGAAGAGAUCGUCGGAAAGGAUGAUUGGCCAAUCCCAACUUACACACAGAUCCUCUACACUGUUUAA